CGCCCGACCUGCAACAUCACGACAUCCGUCUUGGACUAGUUCCCGGCAGUCCGAGUUAUCUUUGCUUAUGUAGCAAGUCAGCUUAUCAUGUGCGUUGCUUUUGCUUCGCUAAAGCAUGGCGAGUCGUCUUUCACCGCAGUUUGAGCUGGACGCGCGCCGUACAAAGAUGACUUGUCCUCCGGCUUUGAAGCAGGCCUGACAGGCUGACAGCCCAACGCUGACGAGUGUAUCUACUCACUUGACUCAUCCGAAUCCUUAACAAACAGAACUGAGACGCUUCUUCAGCUUCCGGCCCCACUGUGGACGCAGAGACACCCUGCAUACGUCGUGCAGCUGCUGUAGAAAAGAGGGGCGUGUUCCUUGAUUUCGAGAUCUUGUCGUAGAAUCUUCAAACUUCAGUUCGCCAUGCAUCCCGAGAGACCAGUUCUGAUCAUAGGGGCUGGCGUUGUCGGCCUGACGCUGGCCCACGGCCUCGCCAAUGCUGGUGUACCCUUUGAGAUCUUCGAGAGGGACCCUUCUCCCGUCUCUCGAUCACAGGGAUGGGCAAUUACGUUCCAUUGGUGUCUGCCUUUCCUCAAGACACUUCUCACGCCGGAAACGCUUGCUCUGGUUAGCGACGCCCAGGUCGACCCUGAAGUAGCGAAGAAUGACACGGGGAACUUCUUGUUUCUCAACCUGAAGACAUUGGAAAUCAAGUUCAAAAUCCCACCAAACGAGCGCCGCCGUGUUGAACGACAGAAGUUCCGUCAGGCUCUCCUCGAUGACCCGCGCAUCGGUGACAGGGUGCAAUGGGGCAAGCGCCUGGCUAACCUGCAACUUCUGGACGAUGGCGACGUCAAGGCCGUGUUCCAGGACGGCUCACACAUGGAAGGACACGUCCUCGUCGGCGCAGAAGGGUCCAACUCAACCACCAGGAAGAUUCUCGCCCCUGAUACGCACGAGCUGCACCCUGUGGACGUCAAGCUCAUUGGCGCCAGCGUGGACAUGACGCCCGAGCAAGCCCAGCCCCUGAGAAAUAUCGAUCCUUUGCUGUUUCAGGGCUGCCACCCAGACACGAACAGCUUCCUCUGGGUCUCCACUCUCGCCACACCCGAGGUCCACGACAAUGGGAUGUACAAGAUGCAAGUCAUCCUGUCGUGGCCCGCGCCGUUUGGGUCACAGCUGCCUGACGAUUUGCCUGCCGAGAUGAAAGAGCGCGCGCGGGUUUUCCAUCCGACACUGAAAAAUGCCGUCGACCUGGUCACCACAGCUCAAGAGAUCCCGAUACAGGACUGGCCCUGUCUACCAUGGUCAUCCAACGACGGAGCCACGACGCUGAUCGGGGACGCCGCGCAUGCCAUGACCAUGUACCGCGGCGAAGCUGCCAAUCACGGGAUCCUCGACGCAUAUCAUCUAACCAAAGGCUUGGUGGAAGUUUAUAAUGACAGGCAAACCAGAGAUACCGUCAUCGAGGCUUAUGAGGCGGAAAUGAGGGAUAGGACAGCGGUGGCCGUAGGUUGGAGUCGCGAGGCAUGUGUGGGCGCGCAUGACUGGGACACACUCAAUGCCAACUCUGCUGUGUUGCGGAGAAGAGCUGUCCGGGAGUCAGACGCAUAGGCCGUGGGAGUUAUGAUGUUUUCGGACGGUCACUAUACGCGCAAGUAUGACUUUGCGUGAUGAACCAUCUCGCAGCAAUGAAACGGGUCGCCUGGAACAUCAUCAAUCCCUGUGAUGGUUGAGCAUGACUCUAUAUAUAAACAACCAGAAUCGCGGCAAUAUCUUCUUACAAAAUAUAGUGCUGCCACAGGAUUGACCUUCGGCUACUGCAACGACUUCAAGGCGGCAACUCGCAGGUCAAGUUCAACCGGACCAGAGUAUGCUGAACAGCGGU